AUGCUAUACGCAGUGGGAUUGACAGAAACCGACAUGAACAAGCCGCAGGUGGGCAUAUCUUCGGUGUGGUAUAGCGGUAAUCCCUGCAACGCACACCUGAUGGACUUGUCGAAUAUCGUCAAGAAGGGCGUAGCCAACUCCGGAUUGGUACCCAUGCAAUUCAACACCAUUGGUGUCUCGGACGCUAUCUCAAUGGGUACAACCGGCAUGAGGUAUAGUCUGCAGUCCAGAGAGAUCAUUGCGGACUCGAUAGAGACGGUCAUGGAGGGACAAUGGUACGACGCAAACAUCUCGAUCCCGGGCUGUGACAAGAACAUGCCAGGUGUUCUCAUGGCCAUGGGUCGUGUCAAUCGACCGUCGAUCAUGGUGUACGGGGGUUCGAUAGCUCCUGGCUGUGCGAGCACCCAGAACAACGCCCACAUCGACAUUGUCUCAGCGUUCCAGGCUUAUGGACAAUUCAUCACCGGGGAAAUCGACGAAGAGCAGCGAUUCGAUAUUAUCCGGCACGCCUGCCCUGGGAGUGGAGCGUGUGGUGGAAUGUAUACCGCGAACACCAUGGCCUCGGCCAUUGAAACGCUGGGGAUGACCCUCCCAGGCAGCUCAUCCAACCCGGCCGAGUCUAAAGCGAAACAGCUGGAAUGUCUGGCCGCGGGUGGAGCGAUCAAGAACCUCCUCAAACUAGAUCUCAAGCCACGCGACAUCAUGACCCGCCAGGCCUUCGAAGAUGCCAUGGUUGUGGUCAUGAUCACGGGUGGCUCAACGAACGCGGUACUGCAUUUGAUCGCUAUCGCGGACGCCGUAGGCAUCAAACUCACCAUUGACGAUUUCCAAGCCGUCAGCGACAAGACUCCUUUCCUAUCCGAUCUCAAACCCUCAGGCAAGUACGUGUUCAACGACCUACACCAGAUUGGGGGUAUCCCAGCGCUCCUGAAAUUCUUGAUUAAGGAGGGGGUUGUAAAGGGCGACAGCAUAACCGUGACGGGACAAACGCUCAAGAAAAACAUCGAGUCAGCCCCCGAUUUUCCGAGCGACCAGACUAUCAUCAAACCAUUCUCUCAACCCAUCAAAGAGACGGGUCACAUCCAGAUUCUGCGUGGCAGUCUUGCGCCCGGCGGCAGCGUGGGCAAGAUCACGGGUAAAGAAGGGUUACGAUUCGUUGGCAAAGCUAAAGUCUACGACGCGGAAGAUCUUUUCAUCGAAGCCCUUGAGCGCGGGGAGAUCAAGAAAGGCGAGAAGACUGUUGUGGUGAUCCGCUACGAAGGGCCAAAAGGUGGGCCAGGCAUGCCGGAAAUGUUGAAGCCCAGCUCGGCCAUCAUGGGCGCAGGUCUUGGUAAAGACGUCGCGCUGAUUACGGACGGCCGCUUCAGCGGCGGCUCCCAUGGGUUCUUAAUCGGCCAUAUCGUGCCCGAAGCCAUGGAGGGAGGACCGAUCGGCCUGGUGCGCGAUGGCGACGAGAUCGUCAUCGACGCCGAAACACGCAAGCUCGACUUACUGGUUGACGACGCCACUCUUGCUCAGAGGCGUGAGGAGUGGAAUAAGAAUAAACCCGUCCCGCGGUACAAGAGGGGCGUGUUGGCCAAGUACGCCAAACUUGUCAGCGAUGCGAGUCAGGGCUGUAUCACGGAUAAAGAGGACGUUCUAGAGGUGCAUAGUUAG